GGGCAUGACGCCUUCGGGAAGAGAAAAGAAAGAAAAACAGGAGGAAGUCGGCUAUAGCAACAAAAAGAGAGGACUUUUUGGAGCCACGCACAGAACAGAAAAGAAAGCUACGCAUAAGUUCCGAGGCGAGUUGGCGUUCACUGCUGCGCAACAGAGGAGCAAUUAGGAUUGGUUCAUACUUACCGAAACCUUUAUUCUCUUGCAUGGAGUUUUAUUAUUUCGUGACUGUUCAUAUUUUCUUCAUGUCUGGCUAAAUUUCUUCUCUAGGGUGUAGAUGAAACUCGAACUUUGAGUAACGAUGUUUAUGUUUUGAUUUAGUGUUUUUAUUAUUCGAAUCGUGGUUGUAUGAUAUAAGGAUUUAUUUGCGGUAUUAAUUUUCUCUAUCAAAUCUUGUGUACAAUUUUCUAGAUUUUUAUGCACGUUCAUGCAACAGUUCUUAAUUGUUCUGUGAUAGCUGGGUAAGAUGGGUUAUGCUCCGUAAGACGCGUCGUGCUAUUAGACGAUCCGUGCCAUAGAGACGGAUCGUACUAGUAAGACGGUUCGUGCUAGGCGGCGAUACCUCAUGCUAUUCGGUGAUUCAUAGAAAUCUUUUGGCGAUACCGUGAGGGCCCGCAAACCCUAACAAUAUCUGGAUUGAUUCGAAUAAUAGACAUUUAUCAUCGUAUAGAGAUUGUUACAACGGGUCGAGUGGAUUCGAAACCCUAGAUCUUUUCUCUCAUAAACUCUCACUUUUUAUUGCUUAUUUUUAUUCAGCUUUAAAUAUUUUAGAAAUCAACAAUCAAAUCUCUUUUCGAAUUAAGUUAGAAAUCAAUUAAAGCAAUCGCAAUUUAGCCUUCGUAAUCCCUGAGGAUGAUACUCGGAGUACUUAACCGCUAUCUUUUAGGUAGUAAUAAUUAUUCUGUUUUAUUAAUUAUUUUUGAUAUGGAAACGACACGAUCAAAUAUGCUAGUGUAGUUUAGAUAUAUCCGGUCUAAGAAUAAUAUUAUAGAGCCUUAAAGAUUCCCAUCUCUCCUUUCAAGUUUAGGCCACAAAUUUAGACCAAGCAUAUUAGCUUUGUCGAAAAUAGAAAGAAGGGGAAUGAGAUUCUACCUAAUCCCAGUACCAAACCAUUAGUCUAUAAAUGAGGUCGAAUAAUACAAUGUUAGACGCAUUGAAAACCAAUUCAAUUGAUUUUACUGACCAGAGAAACGCAAAGAAGAUCCAAAGAAAAUGCAGCAUGGAAGCUCAGCGCAUCAUGCCAAGCGUCAACUCCGCCCAGUAGCUUCCGAAGACUACAAGGUGCGUGAAUCAAGGUUUGAGCAAAUGCCAAGUGGGCUCCUUGAUCCUCCUCCAUAUUCAAGAUUUGAGCAAAUGCCGAGUAGGCUCCUUGAUCCUCCUCCAUAUGCAGAUUCUUACAUGAAAUCCUACAGCUUUGAUGAGUAUAGGCCUGAAACUCAACACAAGGUUGUAGUGGUGGACAAUCGACUCGCAAAAUACAAAGUUAAUGAGGAAGACGAGGAUGUCAAUACUGAAGCAGAUGAUUUCAUCAAACAUGCGCAUAAGAAGUUUCAGAUUCGCCAAAGAACAGUGUCUAUUUUCGAUUGAAGCUUUAAAAAAAAAAUCAGUAACUGAAGACCAAAUACCUAAUCCAUAAACAAUAUCUGGGAGUGGUUUUACAAAUAAUUCCUCCAAUACUAGUUUUCGAUGCUUUUAUUUUUUUAAGUUUCUUUUUUUGUUAUGUCUGUUUUUUAUUGUAAUGAUUAAUCAGUAAACCAAGGGAGGAUUGUAGGAAUACAGUAAUUGAGUUUGUUUUUGUUUA